CGGGCCUUCAAAGUCAACAAGUAUUCGACGUUAUCUGACGAUCAGAGGAGGUCGCAUGUGGAUGACUAGUUGAAUGGUGGAGCGGGUGUGAAGGGAGGGGCGUUUCAGUCGGUGCUCUCGGUGACGGAUGUAAAGAGGAUCGAUACCUCGUAGCCGUGUGUGAAACAACGACAACGGAGAGGGUCACGGUGGUCUGAUCCGCUUUAAAGCCUGUUAAACUUCUUGCGCAUCCCCCAACACUCAUCAGGAAUGUGGUAAGACCAUCUAGCAGAUCGCUGCAAUCAACAUUCACAUUCAUCUUGCCGAUACAUGCUUCAAGUAGUUCCCAAGCCCUGGGUCCAGGAACUCACUCCCACGCAGCAUCCCAUCCCAGUCCACUGCGAUCCCACUUGCCGCCCUCCUCGCCGAAAGCCAUCCAGCCCAGGGCUGUGCAGGUGAUGCCAGCUGCCCGGAUCCAGGCUGUCCCAUCAAGCUUGGCGAGGCCCGGAUGCGUCUCAUUCCCAUUUUCAUCUAGCGCGCCGAAGACCUGGCCAGCGGGGACGUUGCCGUAAUGGAUGUGUCCGUAAUACAACCCCCGGAUCGUCUUCACGACGUGGGAGUCGAAGUGGUCGAGCCCAGUGGUAAUAAUCGGGGCCCAGGGAUCCGCGGCGGUGCUGGUUUUGAGGCUUGCAGGAGCCGGCAGAGCGGGAUAGGACAUCAGCAGCGAGGGGUUGAUAUGAGGGCGCCCACGGGCAAUACCCCAUACGGCGCAAGCGCGUGCGAAGCCUUGCAGCAUCUGGACCUUGUGAAGCUUCCGGGGCAGCGCGUCAAGCAGGCGAGGCAGGACAAUCGCACUGGUAAUGGCGUGCAUGAGGAAGAAGUCGAUGCGGGGCCCGUGGCCCGUGCGCCCCACCCCUGCGGCUGCUCCUUCCAAGGUCGUGUCGAUGGACCACUUCGAGUACAAAUUGCGCAAAGCAUGGGUGUGUAUGGGAGAGUCGCUGAUCUUGUAGAACCCAGUGCCGAU